AUGGGCCAAGUCGGGGGCCAGGGAUACACAUCCCUCAUUGUUGCGUCCGUCAUGCUCGGACUGAGCUGGCUGGUCGUCUCUGCACGCCUCGCCGUGCGGCAUUGGAAGAAGACAAUUGGUGUGGACGACUAUCUCAUGCUCGCCGGGCUUGCGCUAUACUCUGUCACAGCGAGUUUCGUGAUCUCCGCGUGCUUUCACGGUUCUGGGCAGCAUGCUUCAAAACUUACUACCGCGGACAUAAUGACGGGAACUAAGCUCUUUUAUAUCGCAGAGUACUUUUAUGCAGGCUGUACGGCCCCCAUUAAGUGGAGCAUCUGCGUUUGCCUUAUCCGAAUCGCCGAAUCCCGACGGGCUAUUGUUUACGUCAUCUGGGGCGUCAUGGGGAUGUCGGCAUGUGCGACUCUGAUCUUUAUCAUCACGAUUGCCAACAUUUGCCAUCCGAUCCAGACGCUUUGGGGCGCCGCGCACGGCACUUGCAACGCCCGGCUCAACAGUGACGUGAGCUUCUUCUUCUCGGCCGUGUCCAUUGUCACGGACUGGACCCUUGCCACGCUCCCGGCCUUCCUGCUGUGGAAUAUCCAGAUGAAGCCGCGCGUCAAGCUCUCUUGCAUGCUCAUGCUCGGGCUCGGUGCUUUUGCAAGCACUGCCACCAUUGUUCGUCUGCGCUACCUUACGCUGUACAACGACAGCGCGGAAUUCAUGUUCAGUACGGGCGCUAUUGGCCUCUGGUCUGUCCUGGAAGAGGGCAUCGGCAUUAUUUCCGGGUCCAUGCCGGCGCUCCGACCGCUCCUCAACCUGAGCAUUUUUCAUGGCAGCAGUUAUAACAUCAGCGACAAUAGGAACUUAUCGACGAAUGCCGUCGGUCUUCAGACUAUUGGCGGUACCAACGGCAGAAAAGAAGCGCGCCGGCGCGCUAGUGCCGAUGAUGACGGCGAUAGCCAAAAGCAGAUCUUCAAGCAGACGCAGAUCAGCAUAUCGGGAGCAGACGGAUCGCGGACGGCUGACGAGGACUGGACUAAGCAACAGGUUCUGGGAUGGCAGAGCUAG